AUGGCGGCGGCGGGCGGCGGCGGCGGCGCGGGGGCUUCCACCGUCUCGGUCCUGGCUCCGAACGGGCGGCGAGCGACGGUGCGAGUAGGCCCCAGCACCGCGCUCCUCCAGGUUCUGGAAGAAGCUUGUAGGAAGCAGAAUUUCAGUCCCAAUGAAUAUGGCCUGAAGUUUCAGAGGACUGUGCUGGAUCUUUCUCUGCAAUGGAGAUUUGCCAACCUGCCCAACAAUGCCAGACUGGAGAUGGUGCCAAUUUCUCAUAAUAGAUCAGGAAUUGAAACUAUGGUACGGAUUGCACUACAGCUGGAUGAUGGUUCGAGGCUCCAGGACACGUUUUGCUCCAGCCAGACCUUGUGGGAGAUUCUUGGUCAUUUUGCACAGACCAGGGAAUAUGUGGAGCAAUACUGUGAAGUCUCCCCUGUCUGUAUUUACAUGCGAGAUGAGGUGACCGGGAAAACUGCUCUGGAGAAGACCAGUCUGAAGUCACUUGGUUUGACAGGAGGCAAUGCUAUAAUCAGGGUAAUUUCAAAGAAAUCUACCCCCUCUGGCCAUGCAGAAGCUAGAAACCAUGGAUCUCCCACUAAAGAUCCAAUAGCAGGGGCAGUUUCCAGGGAAGAACCAGAAGGUAGUGAACAACAUCUGGGCAGAAGUACUUCUGAACAAAUGAUGCCUCCAGUAUCAGAUGUGCCUCCAGUAUCAUUAUCAAACCUACCAACGUCUCUGUCCAGUCCUGGUGGACCCUCCAAGGCAAAGAAGUUAAAGAACAGCCAAGAAAAACUAAAGGUGCAAAAAGAGAGUUUGGAGCGAGAGGCCGUUGUAUGCCAUCCAGAUCUCCAGAAGCCAUUGGACUCUGGCCUACAAGACCUUCCGGAUGAGUUCUUUGAAGUCACAGUAGAUGAUGUGAGAAAACGCUUGGCACAGCUUAGGAGUGAGAGGAAGCGUUUGGAAGAAGCUCCCUUGAUGACACAGGCACAGCGAGAUGCUCAAAUGAAGGAGAAGUUGGAGCGUUAUCCAAAGGUGGUGCUGAGAGUUUACUUCCCUGACCGUCAUAUUCUGCAGGGCUUCUUCCACCCCAAUGAAACAGUUGGUGCUUUGAAGUGUUUUGUCAAAAGCCACCUUGCUGAUCCAGAGAUGUCAUUUUAUUUAUUUAUUGCACCUCCCAGAUCCAUCCUAAGUGAUGACAGUUUGACCCUCUUUCAGGCUAACCUCUUCCCUGCUGCUGUUGUACAUUUUGGAUCUGAAAAGCAUAGUGAUCACUAUCUAAGAUUGGACCUGCUGGAAUCUGUAGUCUCCCCCUCAGAAGCUGACCUCUUAGUAGCUAGGUAUUUGUCCAAAUCGGUAGCUCCUACUUCUCCAUCAAGUUCAGAAUCUGGUUUUGAUCCCCCACCUGAGCUCGAAGAAUCGGAUGAAAGUGUAGUUACAGAGGACACAGCAGCAGCAGCCCUUGAAGUGCCACAGCCACCAGUAAGGAGAACUGCAUCUGGAAAAGUGCCAAAGUGGCUGAAACUGCCAGGUGGGAAGAGAUGAAGGGCUUGUGAUACCUUUCUUCAGAGAGAUGCCUUGCCUACCUGGUUCCCUUUGCACCAUCUCAUUCCUAUGAGCUUCAUCUAAGAACACACAUAAAGAUGUGACUGAACAAACUGAUUUUUCAGAAUAAAAUUGCA